AUGGAGUUGAUGACAAGUCUGAAAAAGAGGACAGAGCAACUGGUGGGUGGAAAAAGUGUGGUAUUCUUGUACCAUAAGUCCAUUCAGGUCCUGCUAGACAAGCUAUUGAUUGGUGGCAGAUGGAAAAGGCAGCCUGAGCUCACAGAUGAGCUGCUCACUCUUGUUGAGAGUAAUAUGAAGUGGAUGGUGGCUUUUGGCUUUGACAAGUCAUCUGCUAGCAGCAGGCUCACUAUCAUUGAGUGCUGUGGCCAGAUUGCCUGGGCCCUGCUCAUUACAGACAAACCUGGCACACCAUUUGGACCAGCAAAUCUGAAGAAGCUGAUGGAAGCUGUGAAAAAUUGUAUUUCAAGCUUGGUGAGACUGGGCAUGGUCUUAUUGUUUCAGACCACAAACAUGAAAUUACACCUGGGUCUGAGAUCACAAAUGUUUACAAUGCAUGAGCUUGCAGGCACUAGCCCUGUAGCUAGUUGUGUAGCCAUAUCCAACAGUACUUCAUCUCUUGACCUCUCUGUUCUUGACAGACUUGAGAAUGAUGCUGAUGUCUUUGACAAAGGUGGAGACAUCACUGAGAGUACUCCCCAUGACUCAUCACCAUUGAACAACUCCCAUCUUGGGUCUCCUGGGUUUGAUAUUGAAUGGCCACCUAGUGAGGGGGAGGUGACUGCCCCACUGUCCAUUCCUGAGCCCAAGGCAAAGCUCACAGUGAAACACCCUGCAUCACCCUGCACAGGCCACUCUUCAGUCAAGAGGAAAAAGACCACACAGGAGCUUGCACAUGAGAUUGUGGAAGGUGAGCAUGCAGCUCAACUGCAGAUAAGCCUCAAUAGUGCAAAGGAGAAGACUAGAUGGGAGUGUAUCAAGAGGGAGACUGCACAAGAGAUGGCACUUGAGAUUGAGCAGCUCUGUCUCAAGCAUCAGCAAGAGGAGGGGGAUUGUCAACACACAUGA